GCCGGCCGCAGGGUCCUCUCGGUGCCGGCGCCGCAGCUGCCGGGCCUCUCGAGUCGGUGGACGCGUCCUCCCGCCGGCCCCGCCGCCCGCGCAACCGCCGUCCUCCGGCCUCGGCUGCGUCGCGCCAUGGCGGCCCCCGGGGCGCCGCUGCUCCUCUUGUUGCUGGCAGGCCUUGCACAUGGUGCCUCGGCAUUUGAGGUGAAGGACAGCAAUGGCACAGCUUGUAUAAUGGCCAACUUCUCUGCCUCGUUCUUAACCAUCUACGAGACUGCACAUGGUUCUCAGAACUCAAGCUUUACCCUGCCAGCCUCUGCAAAAGUACUGGAAAAUAGAAGUUCUUGUGGUGGAAAAAAUGUUUCUGAAGCCAGCCUCACAAUUGCUCUUGGAAAAGGAUGUUUACUGAUGCUCAAGUUCACAAGAAAUGCAACAUGGUACCGUGUCCAGCACAUGUAUUUUACUUACAACUUGGCAGAUACACAACGAUUUCCCAAUGCCAGCUCCAACGGGACCCACACCGUGGACAUCACAACUGACAUCAAGGCAGACAUCAAUAAGACAUACCGGUGUCUCAGUGCCAUCCAGGUCUACAUGGGCAAUGUGACCAUCACGCUCCGUGAUGCCACUAUCCAGGCCUACCUAUCGAAUGGUAACUUCAGCAAGGAAGAGACACACUGUACACAGGAUGGACCUUCCCCAACCACGGUGCCACCUAGCCCCUCGCCACCACUUGUGCCCACAAACCCCAAUGUGUCCAGGUACAAUGUAACUGGUGACAACGGAACCUGCCUUCUGGCCUCUAUGGCACUGCAGCUGAACAUCACCUACCUGAAGAAGGACAACAUGACUGUAACCAGAGCGGUCAACAUCAACCCAGGUGACACAUUUAGUGGAAGAUGCAGUGCUAACAUGGUGACCCUGAAUGUGGAGAGCAAGAACAGUGUCCUGGAGCUGCAGUUUGGGAUGAAUGUCAGUUAUAGCCUGUUUUUCCUGCAAGGAGUCCAAUUGAAUAUGACUGUUCCUGAUGGCAAAGACCCCACGUUCACAGCUUCCAACCAUUCGCUGAGAGCUCUUCAGGCCACUCUUGGGAACUCCUACAAGUGCAACUCUGAGGAGCACAUCUUUGUCACCAAGGCCUUCUCCCUUAACGUCUUCAGUGUUCAGGUCCAGGCUUUCAAGGUUGAAAGUAACAGAUUUGGGUCUGUGGAGGAGUGUAUGCAGGAUGGUAACAACAUGCUGAUCCCCAUUGCUGUGGGUGGUGCCCUGGCAGGGCUGGUCCUCAUCGUCCUCAUCGCCUACCUCAUCGGCAGGAAGAGGAGUCACGCAGGCUACCAGACCAUCUAGCCUGGUGGGCAGGUGUGCCACAGGCA